AUGGCCACUCCAAACGAAGCUUCAGCUCUUUUCCUCAUCAAGAAACACCUCCUCGACGAAUUUUCUCCGCUGCCUAACCUCACCAGCAAUCGAUGGAUGAGCGAAUCGGCAGCUUCAGAAUCAAACUCUGAUUUUUUCAUCUUCCCGUCGUUUGAUCAAACCGGUUUCGAUUUUUCCGAAUUCGAGACCAAACCGAAAAUAAUCGAUCUCGUGACGCCCAAAUUCACAGAAUCUGAGAUUGCUGAUUUCGAGCUAAAACCUGUAAUUGAUUCGAACGACUCCUUCACCUUCCAAUCGACUCCUCGCGUCGUUUCUGAUUCAGUCUCGCAAUCGAAUCGGAAACCGCCGCUGAAGAUCGCACCGCCGAAUAGAACCACCGAGUGGAUCCAAUUCGCAACCGGAAACAAUCCUCAGCCGAAACAGCUUCCGGUACCGGUACUCGCAGAAGAAGAGAAGAGGCAUUACAGAGGAGUGAGGAUGAGGCCGUGGGGGAAAUUCGCGGCGGAGAUCCGAGAUCCAAACCGUCGCGGGACUAGAGUUUGGCUCGGGACGUUUGACACGGCCAUCGAAGCUGCUAGAGCUUACGACCAAGCAGCGUUUAGGCUCCGAGGCUCGAAGGCGAUUCUGAAUUUCCCGCUUGAAGUUGAGAUGUGGAAUCCACGCGCUGACGGUGGCAAACGGAAGCGAGACGGAGGGAAAGAAGAAAUGACGGUGGCUGCGAAAGUGUUAAAGACGGAAGACAGUCACGCCGUUGAGCCGGCAACGUCGAGUUUGACGGCGAUAGAUGACUGGGACUUGACGGAGUUUCUGAGCAUGCCGCUUUUAUCGCCGUUAUCUCCACACCCACCGUUUGGUUAUCCACAAUUGACCGUUGUUUGA